AUGCGCAUGCGCUAUACAUGAAGUUUGACGCGCGGGACCGCACAAGGAAGAACACAGUAGAAGUGCGUGCAGCUGCAGACCCAGCUUCAAAGUGUCAGUCACGUUUUAUAACAGAUUUUAGUUCAGUUUCGUAAAGCUAUAUCUAAGUGGCCAGCAUGUGGAAUCAGGGAGGGUACAGUGAGACAGUUAUGGCCGGGGGUUACACUCAGUCUCCAGGAGGCUUUGCAUCGCCUUCAUUAUCCCAAGGAGGAGAGAAGAAAGGGAGAACCCGUGCCUCACAAAUAGUCCCCUGCACAGUGUCCCAGCUAAUGUCUGCUUCUCAGGCUGACGAGGCCUUCAGAGUAGGAGAAGUGGAAGUUUCCCAGGUCACUAUUGUGGGUAUCAUCAGAAGCACAGACAAAUCCAUGACCAACAUCCAGUACAAGGUGGACGACAUGACGGGAGCUCCCAUGGAUGUGAAGCAGUGGGUAGACACAGAGGACCCCAGUGUGGACAACACCGUCUUGCCCCCAGGAACAUAUGUCAAAGUCUCUGGCAAUCUACGUUCCUUUCAGAACCACAGAUCUGUUGUGGCAUUCAGUGUCAGGCCCCUAGAGGAUAUGAAUGAAAUCACCUCACAUAUGCUGGAGGUUGUCCAAGCACACAUGGUGCUCAGCAAGCCUCAGACCACGUCUGGUGCAGGUGGAGGAAUGACCAGCAGCAGCAUCCCACCCAUGUCACGGCCAACCAUGGGUAGCAUGGGAGGGAUGGGAGGGAGCUAUGCAGGUGGUAGCGGAAUGGCUAACAAUGGGUUAAGCCCAAAUCAAAAUCAAGUGCUCUGUUUGAUUCGAAGCUGCCCCGAGCCGCAGGGUAUCAGCAUUCAGGAUCUAAAGCAGAGGCUCAGUGGCAUAAGUCUGGCUGUCAUCAAGCAAGCAGUGGAAUUCCUAAGCAACGAAGGCCACAUCUUUUCCACCAUCGACGAAGACCACUACAAAUCAACAGACAACGAUGAUUAGACAACUCCUCCUUCCUCCAAAUUUCUCUUGAAUUUAACGAGACAGAAGACUUUUUAGUAUUGGGGUUUUUCCAGCUCAAAGCUAUCUACAAAAUAGUAGCUUCUCUGACCUCUUUCAUGGCACAGAACUGUGUGAAAUCCUGCACGUCCUUUACUGUUAAGAUACUGUGGGUGAUGUUCGUCAAACAACACUUGGUUUAGGUUAGGUGGUGCACAUCCUGUAUUCCUGAGGUUGCUUUUGCUAUUUUGCAAAUCACUUCAGUGUCGAUGAAGCCGUUGGCGGCAUUUAUUACUGUGUGUAGCCCUCCCUCCUGUAAAGCAUUUUGUAAUUUGAAAGAUUUGGAAUACAAGUACUUGGUUUAUUUUUGUGUUUGUAACGUACUUACAAAAUUAAAAUGUUAUACAAAAUGCCA